UCUAAUAAAGAACAAAAAAUAAAUAAUCAUUUUAUGAACAAGCCUCUCCCCCAGUAUUUUUCUAUAAAGCAUCAGCGGACGGGCAUUGUUGCAAUCGGUAACAUCUUUAAAGCUUAUUUUCAGAUGCUGCAUCAAUGGGAAGAGAAAAUCAAACAGUGGUGACAGAAUUUAUUCUUGCUGGAUUUUCGAAUUUCCCAGACCUGCAGGUUCCGUUGUUUCUGGUGUUCUCUCUAAUCUACCUGGUAACUUUGAUCGCAAAUAUAAUCAUCAUCACUACGAUACGGCUUGACCGCAGCCUCCACAUCCCCAUGUACUUCUUCCUCUCCAUUCUCUCCUUCUCAGAAACCUGCUACACACUCGUCAUUAUUCCCAAUAUGCUUGCAAAUUUUCUGAGAGAGAAGAAGACCAUUUCCUUCAUUGGCUGUGCUACUCAGAUGUGCAUUUUCCUGGGCUUUGCAUGCACAAAUUGUAUGCUUCUAGCAGUGAUGGGGUAUGACCGAUAUGUCUCCAUAUGCAAACCUUUACGUUAUCAGAUUUUGAUGAAUCAAAGUGUCUGCACCAAACUGGUGGCUUGUUCAGCAACAACUGGAUUUCUUUUUUCCACCACAGAGGCUAUAAUCAUAUUUACCUUGCCUUUCUGUGGACCAAAUGAAGUUAAGCACUUUUUGUGUGAUUUAGCACCUUUGCUUGAAUUAGCCUGUGGCCGAAACUACAUAGGAGAAAUUGUCAUUAACAUUAUUUCUUUUGUGGUUGUAAUUUGUUCAUUCUCGUUCAUCCUUCUCUCGUACAUUUUAAUUGCAAACACUGUCUUGAAAAUCCCCACAACGGCUGGGAAGCGAAAAGCCUUUUCCACUUGUGCCUCCCAUCUUAUUGUGGUCGUGGUGCACUUUGGGUGUGCUGGCAUUAUCUAUUUAGGGCCCAAAUCCAGUUACACGCUAGAUGAGACGACUUUUAUUACUGUCUCUUACACAAUGGUGACUCCAUUGUUGAACCCCUUAGUGUACAGCCUGAGAAACAAAGAUGUUCAAAUAGCGCUUAAGAAAUCGCUUGGCAAAAGCUCCUGCACCCAAAGAAUGUGA